AUGUACACAACACUCAUCCUCAGCACUCUGAGUGCCCUGACCAUUGCAUCACCACUUGUUAAACGCCAAGCUUCAGAGCCAGACAGCGCAUCUUCUUGGACAGCUGCUCCCGGCUUCAAGACAACAUGCGACACAUCCUCCGACAAAGUCAUCAACCUCUCCGCCGGUGCCGAACUCGACACCCUGAUCAACGAUGCAUGUGCUGCGAUGAUGCCGCCAUGCGCGUAUCAAGACCGUCUUCCUGCAGGCACCGCCUGUAUCCUACCGACUACCUGGCCCCUCAGCGGCCCUGUUGAAAGUAAGCAGUCAGCGAAGACCAAAUCAGCGCAAGGAAGCGAGGAGAGUGAAUCCAAAGUGAAGUUCUCCGUCACUCCAGCACAGCAGCCUGAAGGCUCAGCAGGCGUAUUCUGGUCAAAGGAAGAGUGCUACGGCUACUUUGCGCAGGUUUUGGAGAAGCAGGAGUCGGAGGGCGGAUGCCAUUCUGACAAGGGCCUGGGCCUGGGCAAGAUCACAGCUGGAGGCGACACUUCGCUCAAGGACACUGUGUUCGAGGUUAGCAUUGCGGCGGCCGAGUAG